AUGACAACGGCCGAUGUAAUUCUACCGUACUUGUCAUUCACAGCGAUUUGUACGACUAUCGGUCUGUUUCUGUGCGGAAUUCAGAUCUGUUUACGGAUUCGCGAACGUGGUACUACUGAAGGCACCGGCUCAGCACCGUUUCUUAUCGCAUUCAUCUCGUGUGCUUUCUGGUUACAGUAUGGCGUUCUCAAGCAAGACAAUGUAGUGAUUUUCGUCAACAUCGUUGGAUUUUUGUUGCAAGCAUGCUACUUGAUGUACUACUUUGCGAUGACGAGGAAUACGCGGUUACUAAAGAAAGUGAUCGGCGCUGAGUUUAUUGCUAUUGGAUUGAUGCUGUAUGCGGUAAAUAUGCUGGAUUUCAAGACAAUGGGCGAGAGUCUCUCGGUUAUUCGAACGAAAAACUCGGAAUCGUUACCACUUCCUUUGUGUUUGGCAUGUUUCGCUGUCAGUUUACAAUGGUUGCUGUAUGGAGUGCUUGUGAAAGACUACGUCAUACAGGUACCAAACUACAUAGCGACGUUGCUAUCAGUAGUGCAGUUGUCACUGUUUGUUAUUUAUCCGCGACGACCAACAUUUGUCGAGAUGGAGGAGCCGCUUUAUUCUGUAAAUAAGAAGACAAAUCAUGACUUGUAA